GUCAAUCCCAACGGCCUGCACUAGACAAGGUUCUAGCAGCAAGGGAGAUUCGCCACUCCCGAGCGUGUCGGAACGUUAGCUGCUUCUAGGGACAGGAAGCUGCUGGCUUAGAAACCCACUCUUACCUAAUAGUGCGACAGAGGGGUUUUCGUUUUGACCCUUAGGAGAAAAGUAGCAGACUAAAUUCUUACGACACGAACUAGCUAGUUACCACGUUUUGAGCCUCGUUUGAUUUCGUCCCGCUGUUCCGACAUGGCGGCCGGCACGGCUAAGCUAGGCCGCUGCUCUUUUAGCGCAUUCCUCGUCCUCCUCCUCCUCUCAAACCCGUCAUGCGCGCAAGACGCAUCAUCAUCUCAAGAUCCCGCCACUCCACUACCCGACGACACAGGCGAGCUGGUCCAAGGCAAGGACCCCUCCAUGUCCGCCUCGGAUUUCCUGGCCGCGACACAGAUCGCGCCGGAUAAAAUCCAGACGAUUCGCAUGCGAAUCUACCAGCAGUUCGUCCAGAAUCUCGCGAUGCAAGGCGCGAGCACCGCCGGUCUCGGCGAAAUCGUGAACCUCCCGCAGCCACCAUUCACGAAUAUGACCCUCCAGCUUGUGAAACUGAGGCUCUCUUCACUCGUUGCGAACGGGUUUUUAUUCCACGAGUUUUUCGUCCCGCCGGGGAUUCAGGUUUCCACGAAUUCGGAGCUGGUCGUUCUGCUGUACAACCAGAUUCCGGUCACGUUUUCGCCGUACAGACCACCGGCUGGUUACUCGUAUACGCCGUAUUUCGCCGGGAUCGACAUCCUUCCGUUCGUGAACGACUCGACGCAGGCUCCGGGGCCGCUGCUCGUGCGAUCGAGCCCGUCGUUACCAGUAACUGUUACAUUCCCUUUGGACGAUUCCGAACACAAAUUCGUGCAGUGCACGACUUUCGGCAUCCGUGGCACGCUCAUCCCGCUCAACCAAUCACAGGACAGCACGCCCACGCGAAUCGUCUGCCAGAGCGUCACCCUAGGGGAAUUCACCCUCACAAUCGGCUCUCGCCCAUUCCCUCCGCCUCCGCCCCCGCCACCCUCCCCGCCGGUCUCCCCCCUCCGCCGCAAAACCCCGACCCUCUUCCGCCUCCUCCCCCGCGACUCCUCCCGCCGACAACAGCGGCUCAAGCGGACUUACUAUAGGUCUAGCCGUCGGGCUCGCGAUACCGAUUAUUCUGCUGCUGCUGCUGGGCGCGUGGGUGGUGUGGCAGCUGCUGCAGCGCGGCCGCUACGAGAAGAUGGAAAUGGCGGCGGAGCGCGCCGCCAACCUCGAGAUCGCGCUCAUCGCGGGGCAGCGCGCGCCGUCCGCGCCCGCCGUGCGCACGCGCGGGGCGCUGGAGGACGAGGCUUGAAGCGGAGAAAAGGUUAGAUGGGGGGAGCCGAUGAAGGCAACAGGCGCCGACCGCGCGCACCGAGCGCAAGGGGAGGCCGCUGGAGGAGGGGGCGUGAGUGAUGUGGCGCAAAGGAACAAGGGACUGGGGGGAAAAUGAGGGGGAGAACGCUUUUGAGUCGACUCAAGAGCAACGGGCUGGAGGGAAGCUGAGGGGGAGAGGUGCCAUGGCGCGAGAGGCGGAAGGCACCAGACGCUUACUGCCUCAUCGCGGGACGAGAGGCGUCGUCUGCGCCCGCCGUGUGCACGUGAGGGGCGCUGCAGGACGAGGCUCGGGGACUGUACUGGGAAGCGGGGAGGAGAGCUAGGAGUGCACUAACAAGGGGGAGGGGAGGGAGGGGGGGAGGAGGGGUGGGAGUGGCGGGUGGCCAGGGUGUAGCUGUAGGGGGAAGGGCGCGCGCUGCGCCUUAUGCGCCGUCUGCGCCAGCAGGGGGAAGCAGCGGGGCGUUGGAGGAUGAGGCGUGAGAGACUCGGAGGGAGGGGCAGGAGCGAGAGAGGGGGCGGGAGCGAGAGAGGGGGGCGAAGGCGCAUCUAAUCAGAGUGGGUUUGGGGGUGAAGGUGAGGGGGACGUGGAUUGGUGGGGGCUGCAAAUUGGAAUGUGGAAGGGGGAUUGCACGCUGAGAGGGGAUGGGGAGAUGACUGGGUGUGGGUUUGCGCUUGUCAGUGGAUGCAGUGGAGGGAAAGGGACGGCUGCGCGCGGAAAAGAAGGGCGAACAUGCCACUGAAUGUCUUGUGCUUGUGGUGUGUGAGUGCUUUAGGAUGGGAAAGGGGAAUUUGGGGGGGUCAAGGGGGGGGGGCGUGGGAAGGGGGAGGUGGGCGGGGAGUCUGGGUGAAGUAUGCUGCUGUGUGUACGAGGGAGGCUGGAAUGCAAGUCACCAUUGCCUAUCCAGGCAGCAGCAGGCAGUCUGUCAGAUUUAGGGCCAGGAAGUCCAGAGGUUAUCCCUCUGGUGUGAAUGUUUACUACAGUACCCUCAGAAUGCCGUGCACAUCCUUGCAAAACAAAGGCUGAGGGUGAAAGAUUUUGUGUUUUCUUACUUGCAUUAGUGUAUUUUGGCAUGUUUUAGGUUUCACCAAACCUGAACACAUAGCACAGUGCUGUAAAAACACUU